AUGCCCACAAAGCACACCCACUCAGACCCAUCAAACAAGAAGGUCCCCUAUGGCAACCUGCUCCUGGAGCUCCACUUGUCCCUGUCCCCUCUUGAUCAAGGAGAGCUGGGACCCACUCUUCCAGCAACUGCUGUUGAGUCAGGAAGCCUCAAACCUGAGGUCUUUGGGGAAGUCUCCCUCAGCCGCGCCAUCUCCCUUAUCCUGGGACUACAAAACCAAGUCCUCCAACUUGAGCGGGAACUCAAAGAAACCAAGGAAGCAAACAAGGAAGCCCAAGACUGGAUGGGCGCAGUUGACCAAGCCCUUGCUUGCAUUGAGGCUAGGGGUGGAGCACAACCCCACACUCCCAAAGACCAAAAACCCCUGGUCAUCAAAGCAACACCCAGGCCCCUACCAAAGGCUGACCCUCUUCCAGCGCCUAGUGCGCCCCUCAUUGCCUGGGCUAACCCCACAAAAGCUCCCCCCAUCUUUGCACAGCCAACCCCUGUCUGGGCCCCUCUGCAAGUCUAUACUCCCCCUCCACCUUUGCCUAUCAGACUCCACUCCCCCUAA